AUGCUUCGUCCCACAUUCACAAGAUCUGUCGUUUUAGGAAGGAAUUUUGUCCGGUCCCUUAGUGUGCGAAAGAACUCUUCACAAGCCGGGCACAAACCCAGGAAAACAACCCAACUCAAGAACAUGCUAGAGUCCCCAGAGCUGGAAUUUAUCAUGGAGGCCCAUAAUGGGCUGAGUGCAAAAAUAGUACAGGAAGCUGGAUUCAAAGGCAUCUGGGGUAGUGGUCUGUCCAUCUCGGCACAGCUCGGCGUCAGGGAUAGCAAUGAGGCAUCUUGGACUCAGGUUACUGAUGUGAUGGAGUUCAUGAGUGAUGCCACCGACAUCCCCAUUUUACUAGAUGCUGACACGGGCUAUGGCAACUUUAACAAUGCCCGCCGACUUGUGAAGAAGCUAGAGAUGAGGGGCGUAGCAGGGGCGUGUCUAGAAGAUAAGCUGUUUCCCAAGACAAACUCCUUGUUAGAUGGACGUGCCCAGCCCCUUGCCGAGGUUGACGAGUUUGCCCUGAAGAUCAAGGCUUGCAAAGAAACUCAGUCAGACCCAGAUUUCUGCAUAGUUGCCAGAGUUGAGGCUUUCAUCGCAGGCUGGGGGCUUGAUGAGGCACUGAAACGUGCCGAGGCAUAUCGUAAUGCCGGUGCAGAUGCUAUACUAAUGCACAGCAAGAAGUCUGACCCGUCAGAUAUAGAGGCAUUUAUGAAAGCUUGGAAUAACCAGGGCCCUGUUGUCAUUGUGCCAACCAAGUACUAUACUGUACCAACUGAUCACUUCCGUGACUUAGGAGUGUCCAUGAUCAUCUGGGCAAACCACAACAUGCGUGCAUCUGUGGCAGCAAUGCAGCAGACAACACAACAGAUCAUGAAAGAUCAGUCUCUUGUAAAUGUAGAAGAUAAGAUUGUCCCUGUGAAGGAGGUCUUCAGAUUACAGGGAGACCAGGAACUAAAGGAAGCAGAAAACAAAUAUCUACCACAGCAAUGAACUAUACACAGAUAUAGUAGUACAAUGGAGAAACGGAGUUUGGACAUCAAAGAAAGAGAAUAGACUAGGCAGAGGGUACAUAAAUUUAAAAGUACAUUAGACCACAAAUAUGUACUUUUAGGGAGGGGUUGUGUUAAUGUACUUUUAAGGAGGGUUGGUAGUUGAACUUCUUAUUUCUUUUUGUGAAAAAGAACCACUAUAGAAGAGGAUUUGGAUCUGACUUAAACUGAACUGGGUGAUUUUGAGGGAUUCAUACUAAGAUACUGAACUUACUGAUAUACUGAACUUACGGUUUCAAAGCAAAGUGAGCUAAUAAUGGGCUGAGAAUAAAAGUCCAUAUUGUUCUCAGAAUAUGUUUUUUUUUUCAAGGGCAAGCGAUAGGCUACUAAAAAACAAUUUAGGCCUUGUGCUAUUAACACAUGCACCAGAAUUGCAUAAUUCUGGUUGGUGGAUUGAUACUAGGAAUGAGCUACAGUAGUCUCAACUGUCAGCAGAUUGCAGUGAUGAUACAGAAUGCAGGCCAUGAUAACAACUUCGACCAAGUUUGUAUUGAAAUAGAUCUGUUUGGGCAAUGAGUAAAGUUAAUUGAUUGUUGAAUGAGCAUGGGGAACAUCAUAUCUUGAUUUGCUGGCAGAUGUAGGUGGGAGGACUUUUUUGUUGUUUCAAGAACGGGGGUGGUAAGGGUAAUUUGAGUGAUCCAUGAACAGCCUUUUUCGUUUAUUCUUAAAAGAACAUAUUGAAAUCAGUGACUUGCGGUUGCUACCUUUGCCGUGAUAAGUGAAUAGCGGAAUUUGAUCAGUGUGAAUUGUGAUCUAUUCUCUAUAAAAAUCAUGAAUCAUGAUUUCCAAGUAAAGAUUGAUCCUUCUCGUCA